AUGGACUACAUGCAAUUUCCGCCUCUGCCGGUGAUCCGUCUGCCGGAGUUUUUGCAUCGCCGGGAUGACAUGAUGCCCGAGGUGUUUCGCAACUGGCUGGAUCGCCAGCAGAGAACAGAAGAGAAUGGAGAGGCUCCCGAGCUGGAGGCUCAGCUGGAACAGCAGCAAGGAUCGGUGUUGGCGCGAGCUCGAGAGCGCAGAAACACGCUCCAGGACACCCCCUCCAACGUGCCCGCCGUGUGUUCCGAGCCAGAGUUGCAGAGCAGCUAUCUGCAACGGUGGCGAGAAAUGACCGAGCUUUGGAACGAGAGCAGAGACGCAGUUUUGGGCUCUGAUGAUGAAACAGCAGGUGCCAGACCGUCAGCUGUACGACCCGAAGACUACUUUUCCGCUCCAGAAAAUCACAGACUGCUAGGAGGGCCUCUGAACCUGCCGUCUUUUGGAGGACUCAACAUGGCCUGGUUCACACGAGGCCGGGAAGAAAACGGAGAAGCCGCAACAGCCGCAACGGGCUUCCAACAGCUGUUUGUGGAUGGAAGACACCCGUACGACUUUUCCGCAGCUGAAAGCGAUGUCGCGGGAGAAAGCUCUUAUGAGUACACCGACGGAGACGAGCAGGAAGGAGAAGUGGUAGAAGCGUCUACGAUCUCCAGCGUGCGAUCUCCAAUAUUGCCUCCGUCGGAAUCGUCUUCAGAUGACGAAAUGGAUAUGAUUGGACGUCUUAAUUUCGACGGGUUUGAUAGACGACGUUUUCAGCCGCCUCGAUUCCGACCUUCAUGGAACUUUCAUAUUCCCUCAUUUCCCGUCCGUGGAAACAGUGAUCCCGAUACCAAUGAGGACUCCAACACCGACACAGCGGCCACUCCACGAGCCACUCCUAAGCCGGCUGCUCCUCAACGUAUGAUCGCCUACAUUCAAAAACUGUGCAAGAGUAGUAGUGAUCAGCCCGAAACAGAAGUAUCACUUCGUCAAAAGAUUAUGGAGAUUCAGAAUGCCGACUUUUCCGAACGGGAAAAAGCGUACAUGUUACAGACACUCAUGACGCACGAUUACUACAGACUACAGCAGGCUGCAAACGAUGCUCGCCCGACAGCAGAAGCCUCGUCUACAGAUAAGCAACCGACUUAUCAUGACGAAGAGUUGCAGAUUCUGGGCUGCGAACAUUACCAACGAGCAUGCAAACUGGAAUGCAACGAGUGCAACAAGUGGUACACUUGUCGAUUCUGCCACGACAAUGUGGAAUCCCACACUCUCAUUAGAAAAGACACUCGGAACAUGCUGUGUAUGUAUUGCGGUACGGCGCAGCCAGCAGCUCAAGACUGCAUGUCGUGCCACAAGUCCAUGGCCUCCUACUACUGUGCCAUCUGCAAACUGUGGGACGAUGAUCCUGAAAAGUCCAUCUACCAUUGCAACGAUUGUGGCAUCUGUCGCAUUGGCAAGGGACUGGGUAUCGACUUUUUCCAUUGCCAGCGAUGCAACGCGUGCAUGACGAUGGAUCUACACGGCUCCCACAAGUGCAUCGAGCGCUCCACCGACUGCGACUGUCCUAUUUGCGGCGACUACCUCUUCACAUCGACCACUAAGGUCAUUUUCAUGCCCUGUGGACACGCCAUUCACCAGACGUGUUGGUACGACCACACCAGAGUGUCGUACAAGUGUCCCACUUGUGCCAAGAGUAUUUUGAACAUGGAGGCUCAGUUUCGAAUCAUGGACACGGAGAUUGAAAAUCAGCCUCUUCCCGAUCCAUAUGCCGACUGGCGAUCUAUUGUCACUUGUAAUGACUGUUCUGCCAAGAGUAACGUCAAGUUCCACUUUCUGGGUCUCAAGUGUGACAACUGCAAGUCGUACAACACCAACCAAGUCAAGUUACUCAAGCCAGAGGAUGAUGUGGUUCAGGAGGUGCGAUUACAGUCCCCCGAGGUGACAGAGGAGGAUGCCGAGUUAGCUAUUCUGUCUACGGUCGAGAGUGAUCGAGAAGGGGAAUAG